ACAGCCUAAAAAUGCAAGUUGGCAACUGUAUAAUGGAAUUCGAAAGUAAACAGCAGCGUGAGGUCUUGUACUUUUAAGUGAUACAGAACGUUUAUAAGGUAAAGCCAAUUGUUUACAGUGACUUUUAUGAAAAACUGAACAUUGUUGGAUUACCGUCACCCACUUAUUUCUUCGUUAAUAACGAGAACAAAAGUGUUAAGUGCUCUCAAAGUGUUUCAUCUUUUGUUAAAGUUAAGGAUCACGUUGGUCGGCGGGCGAAGGAAAUGGCGAAUGAGAAGGUUGACGACUGUCAGUUGUGCUGUGAAAAUUACGACAAGACGAGGAGACCUCGCAGUUUACUGUGUGGCCACAGUUAUUGCACAGAAUGCCUGGACAAACUCUUGCAAAACGAAACCUGCUCCUGUCCAAUAUGCAACGCGAGCAUCAAAGCAUCAAGCGUAUCGGACUUCUCAAUCAAUUAUGCCUUGGAGAGUGCUAUCUCAGAACUGAGGGAUUUAGAAUUCGCAGAAAUGCUCAAGUCACUGCCCAAGGGAAGACAAAGCAGACUGCGAGAGAUGAUCGGUCACCACCGCACAUGCUCUCGAGAACUGCUCGAUUCUGCUAGAGAAAUGAGCGGUGAUCUAGAUAACUAUAUUGAAUUUUUGCUCGAGAACAAAGGACGACACGCGAAAUUGGCUGUAGAACUAGAAGAAAGGAGUGAGUGGCACAACGAGAUUAUACAGGACAUAAAGAAAGAGAGAACUAAGGUGAAGGAAGAUAGAGAGAAAGUUAAAGACCAUAUUGAGAAACUGGAGGCAGCUUUACCUCAGCUGGACAAAGUCGUUGACCUCACCGAGACCACCGAUGCGGUGUCCAAAGCUACCCUCAUUUUUGGGGAACUCGCCGACCUUGUAGACAAGUGCAAAAAGGACUAUCCUGAUCCCACGAUUGCUAAUGCACAAAAGUUAUUGAGGUCAUCUGACAAUCUGUACGAGGAGGAGGAAGAAGAAUCAUAUUUCUUUAACGUACAUGGUUUCCCGGAAACAUUCAACAUUGCAGAUAGGCUCGCUAUAACUGUAUCAGAGGAAUAUGUCUAUGAUAGUCACCCGAAAAAAGCGCCCGAAGAGUGGAAGAAGAAGAUGAAGACUGGGAAAGUUUUCGCCAGCGACUGUGGGGAAAACGUGAGACAUGCCAGGAUUUCGGUGACAGAGGACCAAGUGUACUUGCACUGCUUGGAAGAUGGGAGACCCCCUGAGCUAAGCUUUGAAAUCCAGCACAUUGAAGUCAUGACCCUCGUGAAGAAGCCUAAAGUCGUCUUUUUAGACAUAGCCUGGGACAAUGUCCCGAAGGGACGCGUUCACAUCCAGUUAAACGCAGGAAGCGCCCUUGCAGAACACUUCCUGUCCCUCUGCACUGGGAAACUGGGACCGACGUACGUGAACAGGAAGUUAAAUGAUGUCGUUUACCCCCAAACCCAAACAGAAAGGAUAGGAAGCCAGGUCUACGGAGGCAGCUUCAUUGAAGGGAAGGUCGCCCUCGAGGACAAGGAUUUCUACGGGAGCGUAAACAGCCGCUACGCCUGCGAGGGAAUCGUCUGGAUGGAGAAGGACUACUCAUUCUACGUGUUGACUGGCAUAGGAAGGGACUGCACGUACAACAGAGUCUUCGGCCAGGUGACUCAAGGUCUCAAGAUCCUGGCUGAUUCUGUUAAGAAAAUCCUACUGAACGACGUUGAAGUGGAGAUUAUUGACACUGGAGUGGUCCUCGACUUCUAAGGCUCCUGGUUUCUGGAUACUUCUGAGGCUCCUGGAUCCUUCUGUGGUUCCUGGUUCCUGGAUACUUCUGUGGCCUCCUGGUUCCUCCAGAAGUCUCCUGGUUUCAGGUUCCCUCUAAGGCUCCUGGUUCCUGGAUACUUCCGAGGCUCCUGGUUCCUGGAUCCUUCUGAGGUUCCUGGUUCCUGGAUCCUUCUUAGGCUCCUGGUUCCUGGAUACUACUGAGGUUCCUGAUUCCUGGAUCCUUCUGAGGUUCCUGGUUCCUGGUUCCCUCUAAGGCUCCUGGUUCCUUCUGAGGGCUCCUGGUUCCUCCAGAAGCCUCCUGGUUCCAGGUUCCUUCUAAGACUCCUGGUUCCUGGAUACUUCUGAGGCUCCUGGAUACUUCUGUGGUUCUGGAUACUUCUGAGGCUCCUGGAUACUUCUGUGGCUCCUGGAUACUUCUGUGGCUCCUGGAUACUUCUGUGGCUCCUGGAUACUUCUAAGGCUCCUGGAUACUUCUGUGGCUCCUGGAUACUUCUGUGGCUCCUGGAUACUUCUGAGGCUCCUGGAUACUUCUGUGGCUCCUGG